AAGAUCUGGGCCAAAUCAGUCCCCUGCUUUCCUAUUCCAAAUCCGAAGCAAAUUAGAUGUUUUCAGGAGAGAGGAAAACUACCGUAUAAAUUGAAGCAGAUCAACAUUACCAAAUUCAAUUCAAUUCAAUUCAUGAAUUCAAUUCAAUAUAAAGCCCUUCAAUUCAUAUUAUUCCAUUAAUAGUACUCCGUAAUAACCCAAAUCAAAAUUUACCCGUUUUACGAAGAACAUGUCUCGACCCAGAAAAGCCUCUCUUCCUCCUGCUCUUCAGAGCAUUGAGAAGUUACAGAAAGUUAUUGAUAAUGGCAAUUUUUAUGGAGCUCAGCAGAUGUACAAGUCUACUAGUGCAAGAUACAUAGCUGCUGAGAGGUACUCUGACGCAUUGGAUAUACUAGAAUCUGGUGCUUGUCUCCAGUUGAAACAUGAUCAGGUAACAUGUGGUGGUGAGCUGGCAUUGUUGUUCGUAGAGACACUUGUGAAAGGAAUGUUUUCUUACAAUGAUGACUUACUAGAUCGUCUCAGGAAAAUCUACGAGGAAUUUCCUCGAAAUGCUUUACCAGACCAUGUUGGAGAUGAUGAUGACAUGCAAAAACUUUCUGAAGCUCUGGGAGCUGCUAAAGUACGUGUUGAGGCAUGCGCUUCUUUUCUGAGGGCUGCUAUCAGGUGGUCUAUUGAAUUUGGAACUCACAAAAGUGGUUCCAGGGAACUACAUACUAUGCUUGCAGAGUACAUAUAUUUUGAAACUCCCGAGGUGGACAUGGCCAAAGUAUCAUUCCAUUUUGUUCGGGGGAAUAGUCCAAAGAAAUUUGCCGACACACUCGUAAAUUUCAUGGAAAAGUGUUACCCCGGAGAAGAUGAUUUAGCCAUUGCUCGUGCGAUUCUAAUGUAUCUAGCUUUAGGUAAUAUGAGAGAUGCAAACUAUGUUAUGGAUGAGGUCAAGAAGCAGUUGGAAUUGAAAGAAGUAGAUUUCCCAGAUUCAGAUCUUAUGCAGUUUGUCAGCUAUCUCUUGCAAACGUUGGAAAGAGAUGCUUUACCUCUUUUUAGAAUGUUGAAGCAGAAUUUCAAGUCUAGCAUUGAUAUAGAUCCUGCAUUUAGUGAGUUGCUAGAUGAGAUAGCAGAGAGAUUCUAUGGAGUGCAACGUAAAAAUCCCAUGCAAGGGAUGUUUGGAGAUAUCUUCAAGAUGAUGGGAGAUAUGUAAUGCUUUCUUAACUUGGAAGAUUGCGUUAAUUAUUCGUUGUAUCAUUAGAAUUUUAGGUGUCUACACCGAAAAUUAUGGUGUCAUGUUGUAUCAAUAACCCUUUCUUUUGAAGUACCAGGAAGUUUAAGUUUUGUACAUGCAAUUAUCAAAUUUUGCAGGCAUCAUUUGUUCCCAGUUUUAACAAAUAACCAAUAAUCAAUGUUCAACUUCCUUUGCAUGGUUGAAAGCUUCUUUUA